AUGUCGGACGAAAUCAGUUCGGCGGACAUGGAGAAGCUCAUCGAUUCUGAGAUUGACCGACUCGUCGAUGUUCAACUCAGGAAAAAGCGCCGUGAGACGUUCCUUCAACAGUACGAGUACGUUCAGAAACUUGGAAGCGGCGGCGAGGGCGAUGUAAGCCUGAUGCGCCACAGGUCUGGUACAGCAUACGCCGUCAAAAAGAUCAAGCAACGCUACUUGUACAGCACAACCUCGGCGUCUUACACGACCCCAAUCGCCCACAAUGAGGUGCGAAUUCUCUCUCUCCUGACGAACGUAGGCAGUGGUCACGGCCAAAACACCAUAUGCCACCCGGCAAGCCAAAACGAGGCGUGGUAUCCCGCCACCCCCAGCCCAGACACCCAGGUGCUCGUCAUGGAAUACUGCGAGCUGGGCUCGCUCCGUGACUACCUGAUGCGCGACUGCAACGACUUGAGUGUUCGAGCCUGGCGCACUCCGCAUGAGUACGUGCUGCGCCAUAUCUAUGCCCAACUGUUGGCGGGUGUCGCCUUCCUCCACCACGGCUACGGAACCACGGCCUUCGACGGGCCCAACAAGCCACCGAAAGGCCGCAACCCCAUCAUCCACCGCGAUCUGAAGCCCCAGAACGUCCUCGUCUGCCCUGCAGCGCCGGGCGAUCACCCCUCGCUUGUUCAAGUCAAGCUGGCCGACUUCGGCGGCGCGGCUGAGGUCAAGUCCUCCCCUAGGACUGAGGACGAUGACAACAAGUUGUACUUCUUUACCGAGGGCUACUACGCACCGGAGUUCUUAAAGAUGGACCGCCACAUGGCUGAUCAAAGCAACGACGUCUUUGCCACCGGCGCUACGGUGUAUUACUGCGUCUGGAGGACCCAGCCAUACUUCCACAACGAGGAUGGUUGGCCUCAGUUCAGGCGUAAGGAGUGCACCAACAAGAAACACCGCGGCGGCCAGAACUUCACCGCCGAGUUCAACGCGUCCAUCGGCAGCGCGGUGACCAUCUCCCGGCACCGCAAGGACGCGCUGAGCAUCCUUGGAAAAUUGAAGAAGACCGAAAUUGCUCAUCGCCAGGAGUACUUGGACUGGAUGACGAACGUAGAGGAGCCGUGGCGUGAUAUGCAGCGCAGGAAGAUCGAAGAGCGCAAGCGCCGUAAGGAAGAAGCUAGAGCGCAAGCAUUCAAGCAGGAACUUCGUCUGCAAUGCCUCGAUCCACUCUGCUCUUACAACUUUUCUGAUGGCUUCCUGCCGCACAAGCAUGUGUGCGAGCUUGAGGCUUGCCCUUUGGCGGAGACCCCAGGACAUGGUCAUUGGCUACUGCGUGUCGAACACACGUGGGCGGACCCGAGGAACUAUCUGCCACGUCAGUUGAACGAGGCCCCCCAAGAGCUCAUCGACGAGACCAUGCGCUGCAUCCAACUCAGCGUUCAGGAUUACCUCGAGGGUCGCAGUGAGGCCGAGGCUAAGCUUCAUUUGGGAUCGUUGACGGUACUGAGCGAAGUUGAGAAUGGGGACAUGGCUGGCUCCGGUGACUUGAACUUUUGGUAA